CAUAGAGGAAGAAGAAGAAGAAGAAGAAGAAGAGAGACAUAAACGACAAUGGAGGGGAUUCUGAAAGUUCCGUACGACGCGACGGUGAGGGUGGCGUUGACUUCUCUUGAGCGGAAUCUUCUGCCGGACGCCGUGAUGAGGAGGCUGACGCGGCUGCUCUUGGCUAGUCGUCUUCGCUCCGGCUACAAGCCUUCCUCCGAACUCCAACUCGCCGACCUUCUUCGCUUCGCGCUUUCGCUGAGGGAGAUGCCUAUAGCGAUACAGACUGAUCAGCCAAAAGUGCAACAUUAUGAACUACCGACGUCUUUCUUCAAGCUGGUUCUCGGAGAGAAUCUCAAGUAUAGUUGCUGUUACUUCGAGAAUAAGUCGAGAUCCUUGGAGGAUGCUGAGAAGGCAAUGUUGGAGCUGUAUUGUGAGAGGUCAGGGCUUAGAGAUGGUCACACUGUUCUGGAUGUUGGGUGUGGCUGGGGAUCACUCUCUUUGUAUGUUGCAAAAAAGUACAGAAACUGCAAGGUCACUGGGAUUUGCAAUUCGAAAACACAGAAAGCGCAUAUUGAGGAGCGAUGCCGGGAGCUGCAGCUGCAAAAUGUGAAGAUCAUUGUAGCGGAUAUUAGCACAUUUGAAAUGGAGGGAUCCUAUGAUCGAAUAUUUUCCAUCGAAAUGUUUGAGCAUAUGAAGAACUAUAGGGAUCUUCUGAAGAAGAUAUCAGGCUGGAUGGAAGAGGAUGGCCUUCUGUUUGUUCAUUAUUUCUGCCACAAAGCAUUUGCUUACCAUUUCGAGGAUGUGAACGAAGACGACUGGAUUACCAGGUACUUCUUCACGGGAGGUACAAUGCCUUCGGCAAAUCUACUACUGUAUUUCCAGGACGAUGUUUCCAUUGUUAAUCACUGGCUUGUGAGUGGGAAUCACUAUGCACAGACAAGUGAAGAGUGGCUUAAAAGAAUGGAUAAGAACAAGGCUUUAAUAAAACCAAUUAUGGAGUCAACUUAUGGCAAGGAAUCGGCUGUGAAGUGGACUGUUUACUGGAGGACAUUCUUUAUUGCAGUUGCUGAACUAUUCGGAUACAACAACGGAGAAGAGUGGAUGGUUGCCCUUUUUCUUUUCAAAAAGAAAUGAAGUAACCAAAGAUCCAUUUCAGUACCACGUCCUUUGUUUUCAUGCCGAGAGAAAUUAUGUCGAUUUCGUGCCAAUUACUGCAUUUUUCUGAUGUUCAUAAGAGUUCAGUGACUUGAACUGUUAGCCGUAUUUGUAAUAAUUGUGUGCUGGGAAAUAAAAACGUAUGUUCCACAUUGAUUGUAAUAUGAGAAGCUGUCAUUGUGUGUCCCCUUUUGU